AUGCCCGCGAGCGCGUCCGGGAGCGACGACGACGUCGAGAGCAGCGACGACGAGCUCGCGAGCGCCCUGGAGGCUGAACUCUUCGCGAAUGACGAUGCGGAGGUGAAGGAUGUCGCGAAGGCGAACGCUGGCGACGGUGAUUCGGAGACGAAGCGCGCGAGAGAGGGCGGCGCGCUUCCGCGAGUGGUUCGUCGGAAAGCGUUUCGCGUGGAUGACGCGCGAGGGAGGGGGGACGAGGGGACGUGCGCGCACCCGGCGUUUAUGUUUGAGAUUUGCGUGGUGUGCGGCGAACGGAAACGGGACGACGGCGGCGGGUCGAAGGGCGAGAUGCGAAGCGGAUCCGGGGAAGAGGCGCUUCGUGGACACUUCACGACGUCAAUGCGAUAUAUACACGAGGGGUUGACGCUGUCGAACGCGGAGUUGGAGAAGGCGAAACGGGAGGAGAAGGAGCGCGUGUUGAAGGAUGGAAAGUUGACGUUGAUUUUGGAUUUGGAUCACACGCUGCUCAAUUCGGCACAGUUCAAGGAGUUGACGCAAGAGCAGCACGAUUUGUUGCAUCAGUGCAUCGCCCAGGAGGCGAACGGGCUCGCAGAGCGGGAGAGACCGAUGCUGUAUUGCUUGCGGCACAUGGGAUUUUUCACAAAGUUGCGACCGCACGUCUUCGAGUUUUUGGAAGAGGUGUCGCAGAUUUGUCAGCCGUACGUGUACACGAUGGGGGAUAAGGCGUACGCGAAAGAGAUGGUUAAGCUCAUUGAUCCCGAGGGAAAGAUUUUCCACGGGCGCGUGAUCUCCAACAACGACUCCACGAGCUCGCACGUGAAAGAUUUGGACAUCGUCCUGGGAGGAGAAACCAGCGCCGUAAUCGUGGACGACACCGAGCGCGUGUGGCCGGCAAAUCACGGCAACUUGAUUCGACUCGAUCGUUAUCACUUCUUUCCCUCGAGCGCGGCGUCGUUCCAACAAAAGGGACAGAGCGUUAUGGAGCGCUCGAUGGUAGAUGAGGGUGAACUCGGUUCGAUGGGUGCUAGAGCGGUGCUCUUGGACGUCUUGGCUGUCAUCCAGAGCGCCCACAGGAGUUAUUUCAAGCACGCGAGCAUCGAGGAGCCGGACGUUCGCACUUUGCUCGUAAAACCGGAUAGGAUAGAUUUGCCUCUAAGCGGCGUCAAGUUCGUCAUGAGCGGCGUCACGCCGCUCUCGGACCGCAAUCCCGAGCGACACCCGCUCCGCCUGCUUGCAUCUACCCUAGGUGCUGAGUUCGUCUCGUCCAUCGAGCGCGACGGCGAUAGCGUCACCCACGUUAUCGCUCGAAGCUCUGGCACCGACAAGGUGAAGUGGGCGAAGAAGACAGGCGGACGCGUCCUCAUCGUCGAACCGUCGUGGCUCGUCGCAUGCGCGCAAGCGAACACAAGAGUGAGCGAAUCGCUCUAUCCCAUAGAGACGUAG